CAGGCCACGCCCCCACCCCCCCUGGUUGGGAAUGCGCAGGCGCCAACGGAAGUGGACCAAGGGAAACGGAAGUCCCUUCUGUAGCUCUAGUUUCAGAGGCGGGAGCAACGCGGACGAGACGGCGCUGAACUGAGAGCGCAGCCACUACCACCAUGAGCCUCCUCAACAAGCCCAAGAGUGAGAUGACCCCCGAGGAGCUGCAGAAGCGGGAGGAGGAAGAGUUUAACACAGGUCCGCUCUCUGUGCUCACGCAGUCGGUCAAGAACAACACCCAAGUGCUCAUCAACUGCCGCAACAACAAGAAGCUCCUGGGCCGCGUGAAGGCCUUCGAUAGGCACUGCAACAUGGUGCUGGAGAAUGUGAAGGAGAUGUGGACCGAGGUCCCCAAGAGCGGCAAGGGCAAGAAGAAGUCCAAGCCAGUCAACAAGGACCGCUACAUCUCCAAGAUGUUCCUGCGCGGGGACUCCGUCAUCGUGGUCCUGCGGAACCCGCUCAUCGCCGGCAAGUAGGGGCCUCGUCCCCGCUGUCAUCCUGCGAAGACAUGCCCUCUGUAGUGGGAAUAAUAAAGUCCUGUGUUUUUCUUAGUGA